CUAGGCUGAAAUAAUAGGCUGAAAAAAAACGUGUAUAUAUAUUAAGAAAAAUAAUUUCGCAGCGUUAUUGUGCUUUAUGGCGAUGCUGUUUCUAUCGGCGCCAUUGAUACCAAUCAUUCUGGAUAUCGUGCAACCUCUCAACGAGUCACGUUCGCGAGUGUUCGCGGUCCUCAUAAAGGUACGGCUACUGGAUCAAGACAAGUACUACGUACCGAUCUUUUGCUAUCAUAUCGGCGUUGUCGGAUUAGGUGUGAUCAGUAUGGUCAGUAUCGAUAGCAUGUACGUUGCCUUCAUCGUUCACGCUUGCAGUCUACUCACGAUCAUCAACAGGCAACUUGAAGAGAUGACACCGCGGCUAAACGACGAACGCGAUCAUCUAGCCAAGUUUGAUGUGCCGAACGAACGAGCUUUAUACAAGAGAUACAUUGAAUGCUUGAAAAAGCAUCAGCUGGCCCUGGAGUUCAUCAACACGUUCAAUUCGGCGUAUCAAAUGAUCUCGUUGGUUUUGUUAUUGUUGAACGGUGCGACUAUAAGUGUGGUUGGAGUUCGAAUAGUUUACAUAUUAGACCAAACGAAGGACACGGUGAGAUACAGCUUCAUAAUCGUGACGAUGCUGAUACAGCUCCUGAUUGUAUGUUACUGCGGUCAAAAACUGAUGGACGAGAGCCAGGAAGUGGUUCAUCGAGCAUACGCCGCGGAAUGGUACAGAUUCUCACCGAGACUGAAAUCGCUGCUAAUCAUCACUGUUCACCGUGGCAUCGUACCUUGCGGUUUAACGGCGGGCAAGAUGAUACCACUGUCGAUGACGACCUACGCCGCGGUAAGUGCAAAGGGAAGAGACAGGCCGCUGGACAACGGCAAAUUUGAUAUGUUUGUCUUGAUUCAAGGUAGUACGAACGGCAGCGUCCUACUUUAUGACUUUCUUGUCGUUAAAAAAAUAGGCGACUUUGAAUUUGUAGUGCGCCGUCCUUUCUCCCUCUCUCUCUCUCUCUCUCUCUCUCUUUGUUUUUUGUCACAUCAUUUGCGUCGAUAUUUAAACGUACGCUACACGUCGCGUGAUCAAUCGAUGAUAUCAACUCGAGGUGAACUCUCCGGUCGGACUCCUGUCUUGGCACCAGGAACAUCUGAUCUGAAAGCGGAUCGCACACUGGCGCUCAGAUUGACAAACGGUCUCUCACGAUAGCUGAGAAAAACUGCACGAAUGUAGUAGAAAGAAAGAAAGAAAAGAAAAGAGAAUGCAACGUAAUCAAUAAAGUGACGGCGUGUAGCGGUAAGGCGCAGGAUGUUUGUCCCCUCACCCUUCGUAUCAU